UACCCGGCGCGCCGCGCGGAGGCCCCCUGGCGGUCGGUGCGGCCGCUGCAGGCGAGUGAGCGCUGCGCUCCGGCUCCGGCUGCGGGAGCAUCCCAGGGAGAGGCGGCAGGGUCUGUAGACUGAGUUAUUUGGGAAGAAAAUGAAGAGCAGUGCCAGGCCUUGGAGUGCAAUGGCAAAGCAAGGGAGCCAUGGGAUUGACAGAGGAAAAUCUCUUUCCACCACCUCAACAGGAAUGAAGACAUCCAAGUCCUCCACUUCCCUGGCCUUUGAAUCUCGGCUCAGCAAGCUGAAGCGGGCGAGCAGCGAGGACAUGCUCAUGAAGCCCGGGGCAGCAGCAGCUUCUGGAGUCUCGAGGCUGAAGAAGACCAUCACAACAGGAGCCAUUUCUGAGCUUGCUGAGAGUCGACUGAAGCCCUGCACAGGCACAGUUUCAGCUGCAAAGCGCACAGGGAUCCCAGCACCCCGGGAAAUCUCAUCCUCUGUCUCCAGGGAGAGAGCUGUGCUGCGUGGUCAAGUCAAUGCCAGGAAAACACAACCCAGCCCCACCUCUUCUGGUGCACCAACUCCUACCAAACACGUGCGCCCCACCAGCAAGUCCAAGCAAGAGAAUGAAAGUGGUGACAAGGCUGUUCUGGAAUCUCAGGUUAAAGAGCUCCUGGCAGAAGCAAAGACAAAAGAUUCUGAAAUUACCAAACUUCGCUGUGAGUUGAAGAAAUGCAAAGAGAAAGGGUCCCUUAACGCUGAAGGAAUGGGUGCUUCCAGCCCAAAUUUAGAAACAGUGUCACCUGUUGACAUAGAUCCAUUGAUACGGUCUCUUCAGGAGAAAAACAGGACUUUCCAAAAAGAGCUUGCUAGCCUGGGAGAAGAAAACCGCGUCUUGAAAGAGAAAUUGCUUUAUCUGGAGAACUCCCCUCUGUCAGACACAACAACAAGCAGUGGAGGUGACAGCAGCCUCCCGACCCCAACUACCCAGGAGUCCAGUUUUGGAAGCCCAUCCAAAAAUGCAUCGAGAGGUGAAGUGGAGGAGCGCAGGCAGCACGUGAACGGGGGUGCCCUGCGCAAUUCUGGUUCUUCCAGCAGUGAUGUAACUAAAGCUUCCCUGUCCCCUGAUGCAUCUGAUUUUGAGCACAUAGCAGAUGUACCUUCCAGGCCAACAUCUGCCAACAGCAACCACUUGAAAGGUUCCAAAUGCUCCACUGCAGGAAGUUCUCCAAACAAUAUUAGCGACCUCUCUGUUGCAUCCCUUACAGAGAGAAUACAAAAAAUGGAGGAGAAUCACCACAGCACAGCAGAAGAAUUACAAGCCACUUUGCAGGAGCUGUCAGAUCAACAGCAAAUGGUGCAGGAGCUGACAACAGAAAAUGAGAAGUUAGUGGAAGAGAAGGCUCUCCUGGAGACUUCCUUCCGUCAGCACAGAGAUAGAGCAGAACAGCUGAGCCAGGAGAACGAGAAGCUGAUGACUCUCCUCCAAGAACGAUCCAAAAAUGAAGAAAGCAGAGCUCAGGAGGGGAAGGUCCUCGAACUGGAACAGAAAUGUGCAGAAGUUCUUGAAAAAGCACAAUUUGAAAGAGAGAAACUGCUCAACAUUCAGCAGCAGUUAACCAGCAGCCUGCGAAGCCUGGAAAGGGAACAUCAGGAUGCCCAGCAGGUGAUUAAAAGCCUGAGAGAAGAAAACGAGAAGCUGCUUAAACUUCUAGAGGUGGAACAGCAGAGCAACAGCACAGCGACAAAAAGUCUGGAGGACUGUAAAAUUGCCUUGGAAGGUCUGAAAAUUGAGAAUGGCUCUCUCAAAACUCAGCUGGAGAAUGAGAAACAAAAGGCUGCAGAAAUCAACGUGAUGGGCUGUGCCCCUGAUGACUCGGAGGUGCAGGAGAUGCUCAAAGUGGCCCACGCAGAAAAGGCUCAGUUAGAAGCCUCUUGCACUGAGCUUAAACAAGAGCUGCUGAAGGCAAACAGUGAAGUAAAGCACAUGCAGGGUCUGCUGUCUAAGGCUGAGAAUGAGUGUGGUCAGCUGAAGGAGGUGUGUGACCGGCAGGCUGAGCAACUGAGCAGAACCAGCCAGAAACUGCAGGAAAAAACAUCAGAGAAUGAAGCAGACAUAAAAAACCUGAAGGAGACCAUUUUCGAGCUGGAAGACCAGGUGGAACAACAUCGUGCCAUAAAACUUCACAAUAACCAGCUCAUCAGUGACUUAGAAAGUAAAGCCAUGAAGCUGGAAGAACAAAAACAGGAUACAGAGAGGCAGCUGAAGGCUCUGACUAAGCAAAUGAAGGAAGAUGCAGAGGAGUGGAGGCGUUUCCAGGCUGACCUGCAGACUGCAGUGGUUGUGGCCAACGACAUUAAGUGUGAAGCUCAGCAGGAGCUCCGUGUGGUGAAGAGGAAGCUGCAGGAGGAAGAGGAGAAGAGUGCCAGGCUGCAAAAGGAGCUGGAUGAAGUGAAGGGCAGCAACAGGAACAGCCAAAGAACUUGCAGAAAAAAUCCUGAUGAGGUCAUCAAUGUUCAUCUGAAUGAAGGUGCCUGAUCUCUACCAGCUAACACAGCCCUGAAGGGAUGCACAGCCAGGCCUGUGAGACACUGCAGGACUUGCCUUCAACUCGCAGCUGAAAAAGGGAAGUUUCAAUUCGAGAAAGCACCUCUGGUUUUUUUAUUACCCUGCAAAAGUCAAGUGUAUUGCAAAGUGUGAAUGCUCAGGUCCACCUCUUCCCCAUGGGCAAGAGCCUCUCUCUUUGUUUCAGAAGGCUUCUCUCUCCAGAAGACUCCAUGAGGCAGAAGAAGUUUUGAAUUAGUCUAAAGCCAACUAAGCCAUAAGAAGUAAUCACAGAGAUUUGGGGAUCUGAAAUAACUGAGAGCUUUUUUUGGAGCUGUUUUCCUUGAAACAGACAUUUGAACGUGCAGUUUUAAGCUUAAGCAAAAAUAAAACUGAGUGCGUAUGUCUAAUUUGUAAAAUUUAAUGGGCAUACCAUGAGUUCUCCAUAUAGUGUUAUAUUCUGUGAUCUGUCUCUGUGUGCCUAAAUACAUGUACGAGUACAGAUCACAUGUACAGGCACACAAACUCGGCGAUAGGUCACUGAAAUCCAGCAGGAAAACCGAAGAGAAACAUGAAGUUGCUCAGUAUCAGCUGCUUUGAUGGUUUCAGAUUUUUACUCUUGUAUUGACAAGGCACUCGCCACUGGGUGGCACAUCUGACCCGGUGGUGUGUUAGGGAGGGGUGGUGCCCACGGAGCGUGUCCUGCUCUGACCUUCACAGAGAAUGUUCCGUGAGAGGUUUGUCCUGGCCAUAAGAACUGCAGAUGGAGAGAUCAGAAGGAAAAGAAUCGAACAUAUCAAGCCCCUAGUAAAUACCUUCUCAGAAGGGAGUUGUUCUCAUGCCUUUAACUCAGGUGAAGUAUAUGAUGAUCAGGGAGAACUUGAAGUUCAGCUUUGCAACUGGAGACACCUGGAGAGAGCUUUCUUUGGACGCUAAGGAAAAACUCAGAAGUCACCAUCCCUAUUAGGAGACUAUCAGGAUUCAUUCCAGGACUGGAAUUUCACGUUUUGGCUGUGGGAUUUCUGUCCUUCCCUUCUGGAUGUGAAGACCUAGCAAGGGCCUGGUCUUGGAGCAGGCUGAGCUAGUAGAGAAUCCUGUGGGAUGUCCUGGCUUUGGUGUAGCCUCCACCUCUGUGCCGUGCUGCUGGAGUGUAUGCCUACAUGCACACUUGUGUUGCCUUUCUUUCUUUUCUGUGCUGGCAGCUGUUGAAUGUUGGUUUUUAUGUUUAAGAAAUAUAUAUUGAAGUGCCAAAUAAAUGUUUAAGUAUCUGGAAUUGUCUGCUGCCUGCCCUUGGCCUCUCUUCUGUGCAUCA